UUGUAAGCAUUUCAGGACAAUGCACCUCCCUUAACACUCAGUCCGGUAUUUAGGGGCGGUGCGGGAAAACGCCAGGUCCUGCCAGCAGAGGGCGCGCUCCCCGCCCUGCCGCGGCCUCGGGACCCACCGAGGCUUCCAGGCUCCCACGCUCGCUCCCGAGCGCGUCCCCGCCCCUGCGUCACGUGACGCGGCCGCGGAUCCUGAGCUGCGGGGCCUAAGCCGAGCUAAAUUCGUUGCGGUGGCCGCGGCGGGUGCAACCACAAAGGCUAUUCCGAAGGAGUCGGGGAGGCUCGUGGAGUCCAUGCUUCCUCUUCCAAGUCAGGUCAACUCUCGUUCCCUUCUCAGCAUUCGCCGUUCCCGUCUUCCUGAGCGCUUGCAUGAGCUCUUUCGAGUGGGGAAGCGCCGCUGACCAUGUAGGGGACAAGAGUGAGGAAGCUCCCACUGCUUGGACGAGGUCAGCGCUGUCAGCACGCCGUCCCGGCACCCACUACACCCCGGUACGGGCCGGCGGGCCCUGGACCCCGGUGCUAACUCCGGCGUCCAGUCGAGGCCUGGCCGGGAGCGCCGCGAAUUCUCGCGUCGUCUCGCGAGAGUCCAAGUUGAAGGAACAUGGCGACGUCUAAUCUGUUAAAGAAUAAGGGUUCUCUUCAGUUUGAAGACAAAUGGGAUUUUAUGCGCCCGAUUGUUUUGAAGCUUUUACGCCAGGAAUCUGUUACAAAACAGCAGUGGUUCGAUCUGUUUUCGGAUGUGCAUGCAGUCUGUCUUUGGGAUGAUAAAGGCCCAGCAAAAAUUCAUCAGGCUUUAAAAGAAGAUAUUCUUGAGUUUAUUAAGCAAGCACAGGCACGAGUAUUGAGCCAUCAAGAUGAUACAGCUUUGUUAAAAGCAUAUAUUGUUGAAUGGAGAAAAUUCUUUACACAAUGUGACAUUUUACCAAAACCUUUUUGUCAACUAGAGAUUACUUUAAUGGGUAAACAGGGCAGCAAUAAAAAAUCAAAUGUGGAAGACAGUAUUGUUCGAAAGCUUAUGCUUGAUACAUGGAAUGAGUCAAUCUUUUCAAAUAUAAAAAACAGACUCCAAGAUAGUGCAAUGAAGCUGGUACAUGCUGAGAGAUUGGGAGAAGCUUUUGAUUCUCAGCUGGUUAUUGGAGUAAGAGAAUCCUAUGUUAACCUUUGUUCUAAUCCUGAGGAUAAGCUUCAGAUUUAUAGGGACAAUUUUGAGAAGGCAUACUUGGAUUCAACAGAGAGAUUUUAUAGAACACAGGCACCCUCAUAUUUACAACAAAAUGGUGUACAGAAUUAUAUGAAAUAUGCAGAUGCUAAAUUAAAAGAAGAAGAAAAACGAGCACUACGUUAUUUGGAAACAAGGCGAGAAUGUAACUCCGUUGAAGCACUCAUGGAAUGCUGUGUAAAUGCCCUGGUGACAUCAUUUAAAGAGACUAUCUUAGCUGAGUGCCAAGGCAUGAUCAAGCGAAAUGAAACUGAAAAGUUACAUUUAAUGUUUUCAUUGAUGGACAAAGUUCCUAAUGGUAUAGAGCCAAUGUUGAAAGACUUGGAGGAGCAUAUCAUUAGUGCUGGCCUGGCAGAUAUGGUAGCAGCUGCUGAAACUAUUACUACUGACUCUGAGAAAUAUGUUGAGCAGUUACUUACACUAUUUAAUAGAUUCAGUAAACUCGUCAAAGAAGCUUUUCAAGACGAUCCACGAUUUCUUACUGCAAGAGAUAAGGCAUAUAAAGCAGUUGUUAAUGAUGCUACCAUAUUUAAACUUGAAUUACCUUUGAAGCAGAAGGGGGUGGGAUUAAAAACUCAGCCUGAGUCAAAAUGCCCUGAGCUGCUUGCCAAUUACUGUGACAUGUUGCUAAGAAAAACACCAUUAAGCAAAAAAUUAACCUCUGAAGAGAUUGAAGCAAAGCUUAAAGAAGUGCUCUUGGUACUUAAGUAUGUACAGAACAAAGAUGUUUUUAUGAGAUAUCAUAAAGCUCAUUUGACACGACGUCUUAUAUUAGACAUCUCUGCCGAUAGCGAAAUUGAAGAAAACAUGGUAGAGUGGCUAAGAGAAGUUGGUAUGCCAGCAGAUUAUGUAAACAAGCUUGCUAGAAUGUUUCAGGACAUAAAAGUAUCUGAAGAUUUGAACCAAGCUUUUAAGGAAAUGCACAAAAAUAAUAAAUUGGCAUUACCAGCUGAUUCAGUUAAUAUAAAAAUUCUGAAUGCUGGUGCCUGGUCAAGAAGUUCAGAGAAAGUCUUUGUCUCACUUCCUACUGAACUGGAGGACUUGAUACCAGAAGUAGAAGAAUUCUACAAAAAAAAUCAUAGUGGUAGAAAAUUACAUUGGCAUCAUCUCAUGUCAAAUGGAAUUAUAACAUUUAAGAAUGAAGUAGGUCAAUAUGAUUUGGAGGUAACCACGUUUCAGCUUGCUGUGUUGUUUGCAUGGAACCAAAGACCCAGAGAGAAAAUCAGCUUUGAAAAUCUUAAACUUGCAACUGAACUCCCUGAUGCUGAACUUAGAAGGACCUUAUGGUCUUUAGUAGCUUUCCCAAAACUCAAACGGCAAGUUUUAUUGUAUGAACCUCAAGUCAACUCACCCAAAGACUUUACAGAAGGUACCCUCUUCUCAGUGAACCAGGAGUUCAGUUUAAUAAAAAAUGCGAAAGUUCAGAAAAGGGGUAAAAUCAACUUGAUUGGACGUUUGCAGCUCACUACAGAAAGGAUGAGAGAAGAAGAGAAUGAAGGAAUAGUUCAACUACGAAUACUAAGAACCCAGGAAGCUAUCAUACAAAUAAUGAAAAUGAGAAAGAAAAUUAGUAAUGCCCAGCUGCAGACUGAAUUAGUAGAAAUUUUGAAAAACAUGUUCUUGCCACAAAAGAAAAUGAUAAAAGAGCAAAUAGAGUGGCUAAUAGAGCACAAAUACAUCAGAAGAGAUGAAUCUGAUAUCAACACUUUCAUAUAUAUGGCAUAAUUUUGAAUAUCAUGGACAAUAGUAAGAACCCAAAUUUUGGAGUGCUUGAGCAGAAAGUUGUAACAGUUUGUGCUGGAGAAAGGUUUAUUUGGACUUUGAUUACAUAAAUAUUAAAAUCUCUGCCUUACCUUACAAAAA